AACUAUUGAAUACAUUACGUUUUUAAGAUAAAAUAAUGGGCAUAUAAUUCGUAAUUGCAUGUAUGUAUUUUGCUUAUUUAUUUAUUACUUAUUUGAUUUAUUGUUAUAGGUGCAAAAUGACAGAAAAAGGCAUUUGAACCAACCACAUCCUACUCGGGUUUUGAAGACGUAAGAGUUUUUUUCUUCUAAAGCAGAAUCACUCAAGCGGAUGAGACUGGAUAAAUUGGGAAGUUAUCACACAGCUUCAUUUGAAAUAGCUUUUAUGAUAGCAAAGCAAAAGAAACCUCAUACUAUCGGUGAAGAAUUAAUAAAACCAUGUGUCCUAAAAGCCACGCAGAUAAUUUUAGGAGAAGAUGCAAAGCAAAAAAUGAAGUCUAUUUCUCUUUCGAAUAACACAGUCAAGCGUAGACUCGAUGACAUUGCAGCAGACAUAAAGUCACCAAUAAUUAACAAAGUAAAAUUAUCGCCAGUUUUGCCAUUAGUUGCGAUGAAUCCACCGACUUCGUUAAUUGUGCACCGUUAAUAGUUUAUGUUCGUUACAUCGGCGGAGAUAUCCUUCAAGAAGAGAUUUUGUACUCCCAAUCUUUGACAGCAGGUACUACAUCUGAAGAUAUAUUUAAUUCAAUAUCAAAUUUUGUUGAAAAAAAAUAUUUGGAUUGGCAUAAAC